CGGCCCGGAAGCGGCAACGCUCAGUCAUUGACACGGCCUUUGCUCUCCGACGACGACUCUGCACGGCGCUCACGCCGCUGCAACCAUCGCCAUCGCAACGGUUGCGCACCGUUCGCGCAACGCCGGCAACGCCUACGUCCUUCAUUACGUGCCGCAUACGCCCCCUUGGAGCCGCCCCUCGUGGGCCCCUAUCCCGCCGAGAAAAUGGCCAUACUCAAAAGCAUCCGCCGCCACUGCACCGCCACCACGUCAAGUCGAGCUGCUCUUUCUCUACCUUACCACCAUCACCUUCCAUCCACCCGACUCGUCGCUCACGAUGCACUUUGUCGAUGAAUCCGCCUACGCCAAACCCUCUCUCCUCGAAGUCGGCAAUCCCUUCAUCGCCUUCGCCGUCGCCGUCGCCGUCUCUGUUCGUUUGAUCGACCAUUCAUCCCUUGCGACACCGCUCCUCGCUCUUGCCUACGUCACCCUCGUCCCGAUAAUCCUUACGAGUAUCUUCCUCGCAGCGGCAACCAUUAGCACUGCCUAUCGCUGGUUCACGUCUCGCGUACUGCGCAAUGACCCCUGGCAUUACAUUCCUGAGCCCAAGGGACCCCAGGGGACGCUUGCGGCAAAGCUCUUUGCUGUGCUCGGGCAUAUACCCCAGCUGCGGGCGGCUGAUCCUACGCAGACAAAUCUGAAGUGGGCCAAGGAGCUCAACUCGUACGUCUAUCUAUACCGAGGCUUCUUCCUCCAGCCCCGCGUGGUAAUGAGCGACCCCAAAGGCGCCAUGUAUAUCAUGGGCCAACAGCGCGCCUACGACUAUCCCAAGCCACGCGAGCUGCGCCGCUACCUCGUCGCCUUGAUUGGCGAUGGUCUCGUCACCAGCGAAGGAGACGGUCACCGCAAGCAGCGAAAGAUCACCGCGCCCGCCUUCACCGUUGCCGCUGUACGCUCCUUCAUUCCUGCCUUUUAUCAUCACACCAAUCGACUUGUCACGGCUCUUAAUCGGGAAAUUGACGCCACAGAGGGCCCAAGCGACAGACCCUUCCUCAGUGGUCAGAGCCAGUACGCCGCAAAGGCCUCACGACACCUUGCACCCGUUGUUGACAUGGCCUACUGGCUCGGCAAGGUUACCUUAGACAUGAUUGGCGAAGUGGGAUUCGGCUACGACUUCAACAAUGUCAAUCUCGAGGAGCCAGGCAAGCAGGGCCAGCUGGCAGAGGCGGCUUACACUCUCAUGCGCAGCUUGGAGACCAUGACCCUAAUCGACUUCCUUCGCGCUUAUCUCGCCAGUAGACCAGGCCUCUUCUGGCUAGACAAGAUCCUCCCCGCCCCUCAGCGCCACCGUAAUGCUGCGGCCGUCUCGGAGGUGGUCGAACGAUACUCCAACGAGAUCAUCGCCAAGAAGAAGCAGGCCAUCGAAGAGGAGAUCGCAGCUAUGGGCUUGCAGGCCAAGAAAGGCGCAUUGGGCAAGGCAGAGCUUGACGAGGUCAUCGGAUCGACUACUCCUCAAAUGGCCGCCACCGCUCAGCUACAUGGCGGAGCAAACGACACGGACGCCGACGCGAAUCGACCUCGCGCCAAGGAUCUCCUGCACCUCGUCAUGCGAGCGAACAUGGCUGCGGACCUCAAGCCCUCCGACAAGCUCAGCGACGAUGAGCUCCGCGGCAGCCUCACCUCCAUUCUUAUGGCCGGCCACGAGACUACGGCCACGCAGACCAUCUGGGCCCUUUGGGAGCUCGCGGCCCGCCCAGCUGUGGUACGCAAGUUGCGCGAAGAGAUCGAAGACUACUUUGGCAUGGAGACGACGGUAGACUACGACACGCUGCAUCGCAUGCCUUAUCUCGAUGCCGUCUGCAAGGAGACGAUGCGUUUCUGGACGCCCAUAGCCAUGACGGUGCGUGUGGCGCAAAAGGACGACGUCGUGCCCUUGGGCAAGAGUUAUCCGUGCAAAGCUGGGUCCGGCUCUUCUACUUUCAACCACGUCGUCGUCAAAAAGGGGCAGGAAGUCGUCAUACCCAUCGAUGUCAUCAGCCGCAGCGAAGACGUUUGGGGCCCUACAGCCGGUGAAUUCAUCCCAGAGCGCUGGUUCGAAUGCAACCUGCCCGCCACAGCAAAGGAGAGUGGUAUGCCCCUUCACCUCAUGACCUUCCUUGUAGGCCCGCGCUCCUGCGUGGGGCAACGAGCUGCCAUCGCCGAGUUCAAGAUCCUUCUUUCGGUGCUACUUCGCGAAUUUGACUUCGAACGCGUAAACGAGUGGGCAGACAACAUGCAGCCCAAGCACAACAUCAUCGUGCGACCCAUUUUCCGUGGGCAGGAAGAGGUGGGAGUGCAGAUGCCGCUGCGCAUCAAGAGAGCGCAAGGCGCCAGGCAGCGUAGCGGGAGCUUGUUGUUCUCGGGAGGCGUGGGAGGGCCAGACUCGCCUACGAAGCCGACGGUUAAUAGGGACCCCAAUUGGACGUCGGGAAGGAGCAGCCCUGUCAAGACGACGACGCUUGGAUAGUGGGUCGUAAUCACGGGGGUCGUCAUCACGGCGCUAGUCGGUUUGCCACGGACGCGUCUCAGGUCUCAUUCAGCUUGCCUCUCUCUUCUUCACUCGACGCCUCGCUAC